CGACGUUGUGUGCCUUUUGGACAGCUGUGCGUUGGGAGUGUGGCGCAUUCGGCUGAGAGAGCGGCUUAGUGGAUCACACCGCCGCCCUGUCGACUGGGCGAUUAAGGCGAGGGCUGCACUCCAUCAGGCCAGGUGAGGGCUGCAGUGAGGCCAACAGACACUCUCGGCCACACACAUUGGCUCUGCAAUGACUGCAUAUCUAAGGCGCACCAGUGGAUGGGCGCAGCUGGCUGAGGGCGAUAGGAAAGAUACGGAGGGCACAUCAGCUGCGGGUGAGAUGAUUCAAUGGACUCAUCCAUCCAUCCAUCCAUCCACCGCGGCUUGGAUGGAUGCCUCUGUGUGUAUCUUUGGUUCCUGCAGGCCGCUGCAUCACAAUGGCGGCCUCUGCUGGUGGUGGUGGUGCUGGUGGCGGUGUUAGUAUGCCCAAGUGCAGUGUGUGUUACGAGGAAUACCAAUCGCACGGCGACAAGGCACCCGACGUCCUCAGAUGCGGUGAGCAAUGCACACACACCGCACACAAGGCAACAGGACGAUGAUCAGUGUGGCUGUGUGGUGUCGUCUUUGAUUGGCGGUUUCUGUUUGCUCAGGUCAUUCCGUCUGUGCGGCGGUGAGUGGGCACUAG